GCACAAAACAAUAUGGCCGCUCGCUGAGGACGGCUGUCAAAAAUCUAGGAACGGGAGUCCUGAUGUGCGGAUAAUUGUCGAGACACUUGGACUCUUUUUUUUUUUUCGUCCCGAGAGAGGAUUAUCGCCCCGCGUCGUGAGACAAAACGGAAUAAUGUUGACGGCGGCCGCGAGCAUGUCAAACAAUGGUGGCUCCUACAGCGUCGAGCGGCCACCCACUCCAGAUGUGGAUCUCUUCGAUACGAUGGAAAUCCCAUCCUUCAUGAGUGGAUUAUUUCACUCCGAUUAUAAGAAGCACGACGAUCUUAAGGAGAUGCUGGACAGCAACAAGGACGGGCUCAAAUUGGAAGCCAUGAAGCGUAUAAUUGGGAUGGUGGCCAAAGGGAAAGAUGCGUCCGACAUGUUUCCGGCUGUGGUGAAAAAUGUGGUGUCUAAGAAUAUCGAGGUGAAAAAGCUGGUGUACGUUUAUCUGGUUCGUUAUGCGGAGGAUCAGCAGGAUCUGGCACUUCUGUCGAUAUCAACGUUUCAAAGGGCCCUGAAGGAUCCCAAUCAGCUGAUAAGAGCCAGCGCUCUGAGGGUGUUGUCCAGCAUACGGGUCUCCAUGAUAGUACCGAUCGUGAUGCUGGCCAUCAAAGACUCGGCCAGCGAUAUGUCGCCGUACGUGCGGAAAACUGCUGCUCACGCCAUCCCUAAAUUGUACUCGCUGGACCACGAGCAGAAGGACGAAUUGAUAGGCGUGCUUGAAAAAUUGCUGUCCGACAAAACUACCCUCGUGGUGGGCUCGGCAGUAAUGGCCUUCGAAGAAGUGUGUCCAGAGAGGAUCGAUCUGAUCCAUAAGAAUUACAGAAAGUUGUGCAACCUGUUGGUGGAUGUGGAGGAAUGGGGCCAAGUGGUUAUUGUUAACACACUCACUAGAUACGCUAGGACACAAUUUGUCAAUCCAAAUACAGACACUUUAGAAGAAGACGAAAAUCGGCCAUUCUACGACUCCGAUUCCGACUCUUCCAACACAAAGAAACCAAAGUUUAUGUUAGAUCCCGACCAUCGUUUACUGUUAAGGAAUACGAAACCUUUGUUACAAAGUCGAAACGCAUCUGUGGUGAUGGCGGUUGCUCAGUUAUAUCAUCACGCAGCGCCCAGAAGCGAAGUUAUGACCGCUGCAAAGGCACUAAUAAGAUUGCUGAGAGGCCACAGAGAGGUGCAGAGUAUUGUGCUUCACUGUAUCGCUAGCAUAUCAAUUACGAGAAAGGGAAUGUUUGAGCCUUUCCUGAAAUCGUUCUUCGUACGGACUUCCGAUCCUACUCAUAUAAAGCUUCUGAAACUCGACAUAUUGACGAAUUUGGUGACUGAAACCAGCAUCAGCGUAAUACUGAGAGAAUUUCAAACGUAUAUCUCGAGUAGUGACAAGGAAUUUGUUGGGGCCAGCAUUCAGGCAAUCGGCAGAUGUGCGAGUAACAUCAAGGAAGUGACCGACAUGUGCCUCAACGGACUGGUAUCAUUGUUGAGCAAUAGAGAUGAGGCUAUUGUGGCGGAAAGUGUUGUGGUGAUAAAAAAGCUCCUGCAAACGCAACCGAAUGAGCAUAAAGACAUCAUCGCUCACAUGGCUAAGUUAAUGGAUUUCAUAACAGUUCCGCAAGCCAGAGCGUCCAUCCUGUGGCUUCUAGGCGAAUACUCCGACAGAGUUCCUAAGAUAGCGCCGGACGUGCUGCGAAAGAUGGCGAAAAGUUUCGUCAACGAGCAGGAUAUAGUGAAGCUGCAAACCUUGAAUCUAGCUGUGAAAUUAUGUCUGAACAAUCCCUCGCAGACAAAGCCAUUUUGCCAAUAUGUCUUCCAACUUGCCAAAUACGAUCAGAACUACGACAUCAGGGACCGCGCGCGUUUUCUACGGCAUUUUAUCUUCGAGGAAGACAGUGACGCGAAGAUGCUUCCACAGUUCGCGAAGAGAGUUUUCCUCGCACCAAAACCGGCGCCAACUUUAACGUCCAAGUUUAAAGAUUCGGAGUAUCAAUUGGGCACUCUGUCUCACUACCUGGACAUGCCGUGCGUGGGAUACCGGCCUUUACCGCCUUUUCCAGAAGUUACGCAGGAUCCAUCUGUACGAGACGUUGCGCCUUCUACCGCGCAAGAGCUUAAGGAAGAGCGGCACAACAGGAAAGAAAAGGACAAGAAAAAGAACAAGGGAAAGGAGAAAUCGUUCUACAGUGACGAGGAAAGCACUCCUGCUGAAGAGUCGGACAAUCAAUCAUCCGAUUCUUCGUCCAGCGAAUCCUCAGACGAAGAUAGCGAUUCUUCAGAGUAUACGAGUGAUUCAGAUAAAUCCGAAACGGGCAGUGGAAAGAAAAAUGAAACAAAAUCCGACGAUUCUGAAAGCGAAUCGAGCGGCGAGGAGUCAGAUUCUGAAGAUUCUGAAGAGGAAGAAGAAGAGGAAGAAAGCGAGACUCGAGAGAACGAAGAAGAAAAGCCGAAAGUUGUUAAGCAAGAAGUGAAAGAAAAGCCAAAAUGCAACUUUGACCUGCUAUUGGAUUUGGAUUAUGCUCCAAUGACUCCUGUGAUGACGCCUAGCUUGGGUGGUUUUCUUACUCCAAUUAACUCAACAAUCACAGAUAACGUCCGAGAAGUAUCGACGUCGUAUAUUCCGUUAAAAAGUACUACUUUGCUAAAUAGUAUCAUAGGACACGGUUUAAAAAUUGAAUAUAGAUUUACAAGAUCGCAGCAUUUAGUUAGCUCGAAUUUGGUUAGUAUCGAAUUAACGUUCUGUAAUGAAAGCAACGAUGUCAUUAAGGAGGUCCAGAUAGGAAACAAAAAUUUGCAAAAGGGUAUGUAUAUUCACGAUUUUACGCAAAUAACAUCGCUCGACGUCAACGCCACGUUAUCUUCGACGCUGGGCGUUAAUUUUAACGACUCCACUCAACCGGCGAAUUUUAAUAUCGACUUUACGAUUAACGACGAGAAAUAUUCGUGUCCGGUCAGUAUCAAACCGCCGAUAGGAGAGAUAAUAAGAUCUGUAACCUUGCCUGAAGAGAUGUUUAACGCGGAGAGAGCUAAACUAAAGGGUAUGAACGAGCACAUAGCGAAAAUACCGUAUGCCGGGAAGAAAAACGCUCUUUCACAAAAAGUGUUGGAGACUGCAAACAUCGCAAAAGUAUCCGACGAAGAUGAAGCGAUGCGAUUCGCCGCUCAUACUUUAGCGUCCAAAUCAUUGGUGCUGGUGACGAUAAAAUUCAUCGACGCCGGACAAUUGGAGGUUUGCGUGAACUGUGAAAAAAUGGUUAUAGGAUCUAUUUUGUUGAACGAAUUUAAGAGUAAUUUAAAGUAAAGCGGAUAUUUGCGGAAUCAAAUAGCAGAUGCGUUUCAUACAUUUGUGAGGCAAUGUGAAUACUCCUUCCUUCGUUAAGCGAUGGUAAAUUUUUCAAAUAAUAUAUUCCAUUUAAUUUCCAUACGUGUACAUUCGUACAUGCGCACGUAUAUAGAAAUAUACAUGUGCUUGUACGUGUGUACGUAUGUAUGACAUGCAUUUCCCUAGAUAUACGUAUAUGUACAAGUAUACAUAUACAAGUAAGUAUAAUGUACAAUACAUAAAUAUCCUGUUACGCCAUUGUGAUGGUUUUUAUAAUAAAUUCUAACUGCUUUUUGUCAUAA